ACCAGUUUUAUUUGUCCAGCUCGGAGGACGGCUAGUUUUGAUAAAUAGGUUGUAUCUUACGGUUGUAAAGAUGCGUCUUUUGUGUUUUAACAACGUUUCGCUUCUGAGUUAUUGAUCCGUGAAAUUCGAAUCUGUGAUAUUUCCAACUUUACGGAACUGGUUCAUUGUGCGUAAAGGUCUCGUCUAAUUCCUCAGACUUUGCCAACCCAGGGACAUGGAGGGCAUUUGUUUCGAGGCCAAAUCCAGAGAUGACCCAAUCAAAGCUCACCCUCUCUGUUCUCUCACACAAACACGUCAUGGAUCGAAGGAUAAGAGACAGAGGGAGGAAGGGGAAGAGGAGAUUCAGUACAGACUAACUCUGAUUGGGUCAUUGGCCAUCCAUCCACUGACCACUAUGACCAUGCUCCCCUGGGUAGUGGCUGAGAUACGUAGACCACAACUGGGGGAGAAGAAGAACUCUAUAGAGGUUCGAGAUCAACCUGUGGUGCUGCAGAUUUCAGCCAACUCUGUGCGCUGCAUUCUAGACAUUGCAGGCCCAGGAAAGCCAUGGGACCCACUGCAACAUAUGGUUCUCUUUGAUCAUAGGCCUCAUCUUAUCACUAAACUCAUUCACAACAGCCAGGAGCCCAGCUAUUUUGGAUGUCUCCUCAGAGAGAAGUGCUAUGUGUUCUGCUGUCAGGACCAGCUGCAGGUUCCAGAGAUCAUCAGCACUCUCAGACAGGCCGGCAAAAGUUCUGCCCGACAAGAAGACACCCCCUCAUCGCUGCCUAGCAACAGUCAGACAGAUGCCUCCACGGCAACGACGGCUGAUGCAGCAACAGCCUUUGCUAAGAAGUUUGAAGUAUUGUUCUGUGGGCGAGUGGUGGUGGCCCAAAAGAAAGCUCCACCUGCAUUGAUAGAUGAGUGUAUAGAGAAGUUUGGACGUGUCAGCGUCACAGGCUCACUUGCAGCGGGCAUCAGACGAGCGUUUUCACUAACACAGGUGACGAAUGGAACAAACGAGGGAACAGAUGGAGGAGGGAAGCGACCUCUGUUUUUCAAAAGAGAUCUGAGUUUUCCAUCCCUCCAGGGGCUGAAUGAGAAUGGUCUCUCGCCAGAGCUUCAGCGACGGGCUACAGAUGAAGCGACUGGGGUCCAACCCACCAGCUUACAGGAAAACAGAACCAUGCUGUUCACUAUUGGACGCUCACAGAUCUUUCUUGUGAGUCCUGACACUAAGAAAGUGGCCAUAGAGAAGAGCUUCAGAGAGAUCUCCUUCUGUUCACAGGGUAUUCGACACGUUGACCACUUUGGCUUCAUAUGCAGGGAGUCAGUGGAGUGUGGAGGCUGCCAGUUUGUCUGUUAUGUUUUCCAGUGCACUAACGAAGCUCUGGUGGAUGAGAUCAUGUUGACUUUGAAGCAGGCGUUCUCUGUGGCUGCCCUCCAUCAGAACAGUAGGACCCAGAGUGCUCAGUGUGACAGCUGUCCCCUUCAGCAGCUGCACAAACUGUGUGACAGAAUAGAGGGGCUUCAUCCAUCCAAAGCUAAGCUGGAACUCCAGAGGCAUUUGGCAGAUCUGGAAAAUCAGGAGCAGGCAGCUGUGUUUGAGAGCACCAUGAAAGCCAGGCCUAAAUCAGAUCAGGAAGAGAAUGAGUUAACUGUGUCAUGUCUAAGAAGGCUGUACGAGGAGAGACAAAAGACACACACUCACACAAACAACGGACCACCAAAAAAGGCUGCUCAGGAGGUUUCUGUGAAUGCUGAAAGCAGUGUGAGUUCCAGUCGUGUGCGUCUGGAGGAGUUCAAGACUAGAGCAAAGAGAUCACUCACUGAAUCACUGGAGGGGAUCUGGAAGGGCAGCAGUAAGUCCAAAUCCCAGAGGGAGAACAGUGAAGGAGGGAGCAACUCUUCGAGCUCCACCACACUUAACAGCACAAACCAGGAAAACUUAUUGGAGGAGCCCCUCUGUUCUCUCCGCCCCUCCAGUCCACUCCGCUCCCAUAAUUCCCUGGGUGACCUGAAGCAUCUAGAAGGAUUGCUCGAAGAUCACGAGGGUCCUGAGAGCCCACCUCAGGGUUUCAGGAGGCGCGCAAGCACAUUUAGUCACUCUCCCACGCUGUCAUCCUCUGAACCAAGCCUCCCCCCACUACAGCCCACAGCAGCCACCAAACCCAAACUGGUCCGACACUACUCCGUCAGCACAGACUGCCCACACCAGAGCAAUCCUUCCUCCCUUCCGGUCUCUUCCUCUUCUAAUGUGUGUCAGCGGCCGAUGAGGCCUUGUGCUUUUGCUCUUGAUCACUCCACACGGCCCCUUAAGAGGAGUCCAUCAGGGCUGAGUGGGUUCAAAGCGAGAUUACACUCCUCCUCCUCUGUUCCAAAUUUUCUCAAACUUUUGGCCCCUGUAGUGGAGAGUGAUGAUAUCUAUGACUCUCAGAGGAAGAGUGAUGUGGCGGCCCUGUCCAGUCCUGGAGCAGUGUGUACCGUUGGGGACAGCAGUCCGUUACGUAGCCGAAGACACUCCUGGAGACAACAGAUCUUCUUAAGAGUAGCCACGCCUCAGAAAGGCUCAGACACCAAAGAAUCCACCUUGGAGGUUGGCAGCAGAAUGGCACUUGGUGGUGGCGUAGGGGGUGGGGACAGCUCUCUAGGGGCGGUGCCAGAGGAGAGGAAAAAGAAGAGUGGGGCGGAGUUAAGAGAGUUAUGGCGGAAAGCUAUUCAUCAACAGAUCCUAUUACUGCGGAUGGAGAGAGAGAAUCAGAAACUACAGGCAUCAGAGAGUGAUCUGCAGUGCAGGCGCCUAAAGCUGGACUAUGAAGAGAUCACUCCAUGUCUGAAAGACGUCACUCUGGUCUGGGAAAGAAUGCUAACCACAACUGGGAGGUCAAAGGUCAAAUUUGACACUGAGGAGAUCCAUACAGCGGUAGGACAAGGUGUUCCUCGUCAGCAUCGAGGAGAGAUCUGGAAGUUUCUUUCAGAGCAGUAUUUGCUGAGGCAGGAGGUGCCCAGCGUCAAACCUCCUAAUAAUGACACUCCUUAUAAAGAGCUUCUGAAACAGCUCACAUCACAACAACAUGCCAUCCUCAUUGACUUGGGACGUACAUUUCCGACUCAUCCGUAUUUCAGCGCUCAGUUGGGAGCUGGUCAGCUGUCCCUAUAUAAUCUACUGAAGGCGUAUUCUCUGCUGGACCCAGAGGUGGGCUACUGCCAGGGUCUUAGUUUCGUGGCUGGUGUGCUGUUGCUCCAUAUGAGUGAAGAGGACGCUUUCCACAUGCUCAAAUUCCUCAUGUGCGUCAUGGGCCUGCGGAAACAGUACAGGCCUGAUAUGAUCAUACUUCAGAUUCAGAUGUAUCAGCUAUCUCGUCUGUUGCAUGACUAUCACAGGGAGCUGUACACUCAUCUGGAGCAGUACGAAAUCGGUCCCAGUCUCUACGCUGCUCCCUGGUUCCUCACCGCCUUCGCCUCACACUUCCCUCUGGGAUUCGUGGCUCGAGUGUUUGACAUGCUUUUCCUCCAGGGAUCAGAGGUGAUCUUCAAGGUGGCUUUGAGUCUUCUUGGCAGCCACAAGCCUCUGAUUCUUCAACAUGACAAUCUGGAGUCAAUAGUUGAGUUCAUCAAAACAACAUUACCCAAUCUCGGCCUAGUGCAAAUGGAAAAGACAAUCAAUCAGGUGUUUGAGAUGGAUAUCAGUAAGCAGCUGCAGGCCUAUGAGGUGGAAUAUCACGUUCUUCAGGAUGAGCUCUUAGAUGGUCCAUCUACACUCAGCCAAUCACAGAGAGUUGCCCAAUUGGAGAAGACCAAUGGAAGCCUCCGGCAGCAAAACUUGGACCUAUUAGAGGAGCUACAGGUUGCCCAUGCUAAGAUCCGAUGGCUGGAGACUCGUGUUGAGGGCUUGGUGAGUCGAGAAACUGAGCUGAAUUUGGAGGUAAAGACUCUCCAGCAGGAAAGGGCAGAGCUACUGCAGACUGUAUCGAACCUGAGAACACUCCACAGCAGUCUGGACAUUAACAGCCUCUGUCCUGCCCUGGAAAACCUCACUAACAUGAGUGCCGACCAGUAACUGUGCCAUUGGGAUAUGGAGUCUAGUCUUCAUAAACAGUCAACUGUCUUCACCAGGGCAUUGGAAAUCUGAAAUUAAGUUCCUCUUCUUGGAGUGAUAUAGACGUGGGUCCUGUCGUAAUCCUUUUACCCCAUUUGCAUCCUCUAGAUUAGCCAUCUUAGAGGAGGAGGACAGGGUGGAGUUUUCAGGACUCGACUCUACUGAAGUUCUUUCACCAUGGUGCUCAUUUGGAGAGUUAAUACGUUGUUUAAGUAUCUGGGUCAGAACUGAACAAACAACUUAAAGUUCAAAACAUCACAAAGGUAAAAAGAAAUCCCAUGAUGCUGUUUUUUCCCCAUUCUUGAAGCUUUUGUGACUGAGGUUUACUUUUUAAUAGACACACAUUUUUUCACUCCCAGAUGUACAAUUGGAGUUGUCAACAUAACUCUGACCCCUCUCUAAGGUUGAUUUGACUGACCGUAUGUUUGCAUUGUUACUGACACAUCAGAUUGACAGUUCCCCAGUAAGCACUGACCAUCCUGCUGAGAGGCUAUGGAAAAUUGCACUCAUGCAGUGUACUGUUUGGAACUUUAUCUUAUCGUGUGUGAUUGUUGAUAUGUAUUUUUGUAUGUAUGUGUGGAUUUCAACGUGGCCAAUAAUUUCUCCAUUGUAUACCCGUGCAAUAUAACUUGGAAGUAAAAAAUGACAAUCCUCCAGUACACUGUAAACAUCUGAUGUUCUAAUAGAUACCAAAGAGGAGCUCCAACAUGGGUGCAUUAUUCCAAAAUAAGGCAUCUUCCAAAAUAACAUUAAAGCCAUUCAAACUACAUUCUGUCCCUUUCAUUAUUACACACAAUUAUUUUUAAUGCUGACAAAUUAUUGUCAGCAUUUACUCUGGUUAAUUUGGUACCAAACACACAACUACAGUGCUAAAAACAAAGACAUUCAAGUUAUGAUCAUCUAAAAUUUUAAAGUUAAAAUAAAGUUACUCACCCUCAUGUUGUUCCAAAUCUGUUUUACUUACUUUCUGUUUGAGGAACAGAAUUAUUUGAAUAAAGUACUGGAUGCAGUUUUCCAUGCAAUUACUGUACAAUGAAUGGGGACUGGAGUGUACCUGCUUUAAAAAGUCAGCAAAACCAUCAUAAACGUAUCAUAAAGUUAGUCCAUGCUCGUGCACUAUAUUCCAAGUUUUCUGAAGCCACACGGUAGCGUUCCGUGGCACGUUAAUGAGAGUAGUGGCAAUGUCCAAUUCAUGAAUGAAUAGUUCUUUCAGGGUGGAUCUUUUAAAUGAAUCACCUGAGUAUUAAAAGCAAUCUGAAUUAUUAAUUUUUAAAUCAGACCGGUCCAUUCAACUCACCGACUCUGGUCACAGCGAUCCUCGAGUCAAAAGCUCACUAGAGGGAUAGAUUAUCAGUAAAUAAUUUCUUGAAUUUUGACCUAAAUUGGCACACAACUCAUAUGAACCUCUUCUAUGAAAGUUGAAUGGUGCUUUCACAACUUGAUUUGAAGCUUAAAUAUUUCAGUCCCUUUUUAUUAUAAUUGCACAGAAGAGAAGAACUCAUUGGGGUUUGGAACAACAUGAGGGUGAGUAAAUGAGUAACAAUUCCUUAAAAUAAUACUUCUAGUAUUUCCCUGUGACAAACUGCAUGUGUUGGGUAUAUUUGUACAGUAUGUGUGUUUAUAUGUGUUUGUCUGAGCGCAUCUGUUGGUCGCUAAAUACAAUUGUCUGUUUUAAAUAGAUGUUCAAGUGUUGUUACCUCAGUUUUAAGGGUUGGAGCAUGAAAUGUUUUGACAGAUAGAAAUAAAGUGGGAAAAGAGGUGUGUGAACGAUUGUCUUGAAUUGUUUGUGUGACAAUAUGUCCUUACCUUCUGACCUCUUGUGCUUUUCUGAAGAAUUUCAUUAAUGUGGAAAGUCAGGGACAAUUAUGUUAAAACAUAAUUCUCGAUAAAGUGUUUUUUUGUUUUGUAUUUUUAUGGAGAGUAUCCCUAUUAUUUUAUGCAUUAAAAUACAUU